AUGGCCUUCACCAGCUUCGCCGGCAGAAGCUACAACAUCGUCUCCGAUCAAGUCAAGCAAUCAGACAGCUUCAAUGAAAUCCCCAUGAUCGAUCUGACUCAACCUCAAGCACGGGUAGUCGACAGUCUGAGAGAUGCAUGCACCCGCGUCGGAUUUUUCUACAUAUCGAACCACGGUAUUCCGCAGCCCGUUAUCGAUCAAGUAUUUUCCACGGCAGCCGAGUUUUUCGGUCUAGACGAUACGGCCAAGCAACAGGCGCAUUUUAAGAAUGGGACGGCACUUUGUGGGUAUGAGGGAUUCCAAAAUGUCUAUACGGACGAGACCAAGAAGCCGGAUUUGAAUGAAGCUUUCAGUUGGCGUUACGCACCCGACAUGGAUCGACUUUCGGAGCCCAACACAAAGAUUGAGGAAACUAAGCCGGAGGAAAGGAACCCCGACAAGGAAGAAGACUUUCUGACAAGUGGGCAAAACCUCUGGCCUAAGGCUAAGCCAGAAAUGCGUCAUGAUAUCAGCCAAUACUAUGACCAUGUGUUGGACCUCGCCAGGAAGCUAAUUCGCCUAUUUGCGCUUGUUUUAGAAUUGCCAGAGACAUACUUUGACGAUAUGAUGCAACGGCCAGGUUCAAUGGGCAAGAUCCUUCAUUAUCCGCCUCAACCAGCAAAGGACCCAGAUCCGCCAUUCGGAAUAGGAGCCCAUACAGAUAUCGAAUGCUUCACGAUUCUUUGCCAGGGUGGCGAUAUACCUGCUCUACAGGUGCUGAAUCCGAAUGGCGAGUGGAUUCUAGCGCCUCCUAUCCCGGGGACUUUUGUUGUGAACAUUGGAGAUAUGCUAGCCAGAUGGUCCAACGAUACAUUUCGCAGCACAAUUCACCGUGUCCUCAACAUCACGGGGCGAGAACGGUAUUCGCUGCCUGUGUUUAUCGGACCAAGUUAUCAGACAAUCAUCCAACCUUUAGAGACUUGUAUCGCUAAUGGGGCCAAGUAUGAUCCAAUAUCAGCGGGUCUUUAUGUUUGGAAAAGACUCGCUAUUAGCAGACUCGACAAAGACGAGUAUGAGAGACAACUCGUGAAAAUUGAAAGCCAUUUAACACCACCGGUCAAUGUGUGA